AUGUCUGAACACUACUCCGACUGCAGGACACAAGUUCAGAGGAAGCUGCAGGGCCCAGUGGUUUCCGCAGACGUGCACCAGCAACAACUGCCUUUGUGGUGUCGGGCCCUGCAGCUGUUGCUUGGCCAAGUGGGCUUACACGUAAAGCAACCGCCUACCCUCCAGCAGCCACCCUCCCAGCCGACCCCCCAGCCUACCCCACGAGAGCCGCAGGCACCGCCCCCCCCCCCCCGUAGGCAGUCGAGGCAGCAGGACCUCGAGGGCGCCGUCCAGAUGGCUACUGCCGAAUACGUUCCGCAGGGCCAGUUGGCGGAAGCCAGGCGGCAAGAGGAGGCCCGCUUCCGCCGACAAAUGCUGGAGCAAAACCAACGGCACCACGAGGCCCAUAUGAAGGUCCUGCGCCAGCAACAUACAGGCCAUAUGGAGGGACUGCAACAGCUGAGGGAGGAGGUCGGCAAUAUGCGCGACGUUCAGCAGCAGCGGCUGGCAGUGGAACGGCGCUCACAGGAGACGAAUCAGCGUCCGCUGCAGCUGCUGCUGGCUGCACUGGCUCAUAGUGGCGGCCUAGUGCCUCCCCCCUCUCAGGCCCCACAUAUUUAA